AUGGCCCGCUUGAACGAGGUUCCAGCGCCGACUGAAAGCAUAGAGUCUUUAAAGCGCAAGUUUAUGCGCCAGAAUCGCGAUAUCGCCAGAACAAAUUCAACACAAUCACUGCGAAUUCGAAACCUCGAGAAUGAGGUGUCUAGGUUGCUCGCGGAGAAUCUGGGCCUGAACGAACAAAUUAUACGCCUUGCCAAUCAAUUGGAAAAUGGGAAGGCUCAGAGGACAGUAGAUCACACUGAAGUUGUGAAAUCUCAAUUGGAGGCCAAGUUGCUUGAAAUCGGCGCCUUAAUAACUAGUCUGGGAGAUGUGCCACCACGAAAGAAAAGGAUCUCCCAAGGCGGGAGAACCACACAAGCAAGUCCUAGUACGAGUCCAGAUCAGAAGAGAUGGAAGAAUAUAUGUACUUUGAGUGAAGCAGUUGCUGGCCAAGAAGGAAGGCUGCCUCCUAUUUUGGAGGAUAAAGCCUAUCCAAGGCAAACCCUUGAGUGCGUCCAAUGCGUUGCCACUCGUUCUAUACUUUCGGGCCAUGCUGAUUUAUACAGGCAUCAUGAAUUAGUAAACUUGGUAUCAGAGGCAGAUGCUAGAGGAGACACAACUGAUUCUCCUGAGAUUGGGCCUCCACCAGUCUCGCAAUUCGUCGACGAGGAUCCUGUCAAGAUUGACCUUCCCAAACGAGGACGAAAGAACGAUCUUGAGGACCUGACUGGACUAGAUCCAGCCCAAUCUAUCAAUCUAGAACAGAGGAGGAAGCGCAAAGACAGUCUAGGUCCUAACGAACCCAAACACACGAACUACACACAGGCUACACAGGUAGCCCAAGCCAAUGCGGGAUCGCUCAAGACUGGGGCGAAGCGAAAGUUCAGUGUCAGGGACGAUGAGGAACAUCAGCCUGUCUCGCAGCCGGUUCAGCAAUCCCCAGAUGACUUCAAAUUUACACGUGUAUCAAGCGAAGAUAGGGCCAAGAACAAACCCGUCCCGCAACCUGAAAAUGCUGGAUCCAAGUCCGCAAGGGAAGUUGCAGUUGCUAGAGGUGCUCGAGAGAAGCGAACUAGUACCACUGCAACUACAACGGCGACGAAUAGGAGGGCAUUAGCACCUAAAAAUGUGAACGACUCUCCAAGAAAGAGCGGGAAACCGCCAGAUCAGCUCAAUGCCAAAGCAGCCAAAGCAGCUAAAGCCGAUGUCCCUAAGUUCAAUCUGGAAAAGGACCGCACGCGGGACAGAAAUCCAGAGCAAGUGAUUAUCAAGCCUCGGGAUGAACCUUUAGCCAAGACCAUUGAGGUCGAACUUGAACCAGAAACACCAGCGGGGCUAGAUAUUUUUUCUCCGUCGUCGUCACAGCCAUCUACAGCUCGGGUGGAAUCUCGAGAUACGCCUCCGCCGCCCGAUCUUCAUUCUGAAGGCCAGAGACCCAGUAGAAGAGCUCGAGGUGCUGUUAGUUAUGCUGAACCGAGUCUACGAGAUAAGAUGAGGAGGCCGACGAAGGACCUAGUUGAUGCUGUAACUGGAGAAGGAAAGUCUAGUCGAGGUAGUAUCGUCAAGCUUGAAGAUGACAGCAUAUCAGCUAGAAUGAGCAUCAAAGCAGAACCAGAGGAAGAAGAUGCUUGGAAACGAAUGCCACUCGCAUCAUCUUCGACUGUGGAGAACAGUCCUCUCAGAAACAAAGCACUGGAUCAGGAAGCUCUACCAAGCAGUAUCACUACUCACAGAAAACGACGCGAGUCCCUUCUUCAUCAACUCCCGGAGGACAUGCCUCGGACUGUGUCGGAAACUGCCAUCUCAGCCCUCAUUUCGGAACAUAGAAAGGCCAAGGCGGCAGCGAAAGUACGACAACUGGAGAAAGAUGGCGUUUUGACCAAAGCCACGGAAAACCUUGACAUCUAUGAAUUCAACGAUAAUUCGCCUGCUAGGCAACCCUCGGCAGCUAAAACUUUCAAAGAAGAAAGGCCAGCCUCUAGGUCCUCGAGGCGGCAGUCAUCAAUCCCGCCAGAGUUAGUAGCGGAUUUAGCAGGGCCAGAAGAUGGCGAAGCCUCUGAUAUUGAAGCGACGAAGAAGGAACCUUUAACAACACGACGAAGACAGUCUACUCUAGGACUGAAAACUUCCUCGACGCGCAUGGAGCCAGCGAAGACAACGAGAAAUACUACUGUUACCGCGAACCUCCCCGAUCCAGCGGCAGGUGAUUCCAGGGGAGACAGGAUUGCAGCACGACGCAGAAGUAUGAUGUUAUAA